AUGGACUGUACGUUAAGAGAACUGACAACGUUGAUAAAGGAGGUGAAUCCAGAUGCGAGAAGACGUGGAACGUUCUACGAUUUUGCUAUUGUUUUUGCGGAUAAUCGUGCGCCAGGCUACCGAAUCAGAGACAUUGGUAGCACAUGUAGCGGUCAGCGAGGAGUGGAUGAUAACAAGACCUUGACUCAGUGUAAGUUUGAGGUUGGCGAUUAUAUCGAUGUAGCUAUCACGAUACCGGGUAUGCGACCACCGAUGCGAAGAAACCGACAGUAUUGA